AUGGAGAAUAAUCAGCAUCCUGAAGAGCAACCUUAACUCAAGCCAAUUGAUGAAAUAUUCAUUGGAAUCGCCACAGACUCGCUUCUAAGAGUAUAUCAAUCUAUAUUCGACUCUGUGAAAGAGAUCUCAAGUCAUUUGAGAUACUCAACAAUCAAUCGCCUUGGAACGAAAAAUGAAUUUGGAGAUGAGAGAAUAGAUAUGGAUGUUCAAACUGAUUCAUUGAUCAAUGAUAAUCUCAAGAAGUCAAAGGUAGUACAGAUGGUUUUAAGUGAGGAGAGGCCCUACCCAACUAUUUUGAACAAAAAUGGAGACCAUAUUGUCACAUUUGAUCCAAUUGAUGGUGGAAAUUUAAUCGAUAGUAAUUAUACAGUUGGGUCUAUUUUCGGUAUAUGGCCAAAAGGAAAUAUGAAUGGGAUGACCGGUAGAGAUAUAGUAGGCGGUGCUUUAGCAGUUUAUGGAUCUAGGACUUCAAUCAUCAUAUAUAAUGCUAUCAGUAAAACUUUAGAAGAAUGGACUUUGAGGUUUGAUGAAAAUGAAAGCUUUUAUUGGGAAAAGACUAGAGAAAACAUUAGAGUAUCAAAAACGACUCGCAUUUUCUCGCCUGCAAACUCAAGGGCUAUCUUAGAUAACAUUGCCUACAGACAGAUGCUAGAGUUUUGGACGAGAUCUGGUUAUGUCCUCAGAUACACAGGCUCCCUCUCCUCUGAUUGUUAUCACUUAUUAAUGAAAGGUGAGGGACUUUAUUGUUCAAUUGGUUCAAAAUUACAAAAGAAAAAGCUAAGAAUACUUUAUGAGUGCGCUCCGAUUGCCUUUUUAAUCGAAAAAGCAGGUGGAUUAAGCAGUAAUGGAGAAGUAUCAAUGCUAGAUGUGAUAGUAGAAGGUUACUAUCAGAAAACAGACUUUAUUGUAGGCAGUAAAGAAGAAGUUGAGAGAGUUUAAAGAUUUGUGACUGCAGAAAAAAGAAAGAAGAGAUCUUAAAGUCCAGAUAAAAACCCAUCUAAGAAAUAUAGAAUACAGCCUCCUGAACCGGAAGAGGAGGAUAUGAUCUACUAUUGA